AACUGUCAAAAAACCGGCCUAAAGCCAGCUGUUGGUGUGUUUGACUGUUUGCUUUCACCCAGGCACUCAGCUUCUUUAUUCAGUUCAACCUUUCUCUUCAUCGCUUCUUUCCCCUUUUCGGUCCGACCAGGAGUUAGUUCUCCUGUCGUAGCUCUCUCUAAUCAUCAAAUUAACCUGCAUUACUUUAAAAGUCAAAUUUAAUUAAAAUGGUUGCGAAGCCGCGCAAAACCUCGUCGAAAAAUCCCCCAAUUCUUAGCCAUGAAUUCGUCAUUCAGAAUCAUGCCGAUAUCGUUUCGUGUGUGGCUAUGGUCUUUGUCGUCGGUUUAAUGUUCCAGACCACCCAGCCACUUGCUUCAAUCUUCAUUGCUAUGCAUCACAAUGCGACACCUGUCGAAGAACUGACAUAUGGACAAGAAAUGACCUACACCACAGGCUUCAAGGAUCUGUGUGCGGUGUUCUUCUACACUCUUAUCGGUGUUGUUGUUCAUGCUGUGAUUCAGGAAUACAUUUUGGAUAAAAUCAAGACCAAGCUUCACUUGUCCAAAGUCAAGCAGAGCAAGUUCAAUGAAUCUGGCCAGCUGUUGCUCUUCUACAUUGUCGCUGUCCUCUGGGGUGGAGAUGUCAUUUUCCGUGAAGGGCUCCUCUUCAACGUCUCAGCACUUUGGAGAGACUACCCCAACAUUGCCAUGACGUUCAUGUUCAAGUUCUUCUUCAUUGUCCAAAUGGCUUACUGGCUCCACUGCUACCCAGAGCUGUACUUCCAAAAGGUCAAGCGUGAAGACAUGCCAGCAAGAAUCACUUAUGCCACCAUCUACCUGGUGUCCAUUGCUGCUGCAUACGUCAUGAACUUUACCCGGCUCGCUCUCUGCCUUCUCGUCCUCCACUACGCUGCCGAGACGGUCUUCCACGUCGCCCGGCUCAUCCACUUUGCCGAUAAACCUUUCGUCGCAGCAAAAGCAUUCUCCGUCUGGAACAUUUUGUUCGUCGUCACUCGCCUUGCUUCCAUCAUCCUGUCCGUUUCGACCUUUUGGUUCGGUCUGGCCGACAACGAAUCGGUGAGCUUUGUCGUCCGAGUCUCUGGGUUGGCCGCAGUCGUCGCUCUCCAAGUCUACAUGCUCCAACGCUUCCUGACCUUCCACUUGAGCCGACGCCGUGAAUCUUCCCGUCUCAAGUCCACUGCCGAAGCCGAGGCUAAGAAGGCCAAGCAGGACAAGAAGGCCAAGAAAGCUCGCGAAGCUGCCAAGAAGAGUUCGGAGGAGAACGAAAUCAGCGAAUUGCCUGAAGUCGACCAAAAUACAAAUAAGAACUUGCGCCAGCGUGGAGCCGCCAAGUCCAAGUAAAAAACCAGAAGAG